ACAAAAAAAAAAACAAUAAAUAAACAAAAAACUGACGAAAACAUAAAUAACUUAGAAACAUAACACUUAGGGGUCUGCUGUGUCUAAGUUGAAAUGAUGAAAUAAGUUGAUGGUCUUUGUUAGUUUAUUGUUCUUCUUUUUUAAUUUUUCAAUGCUAUUCCAAUAUUUCAUAAGGUCUGUAAUUCUGAAAUUAUAGAAGGAGGGGAUACUUUUCUGAAAAAUCAUUUUAUGUAAAUAAUAUUUUGCUAAAAUAAUGACUAAGUUAAUUAUGUAUUUUUCAUUGGAUGAUAAAUGAGGGUUAGUAACAAUGAGAAGUAUUUCAUAUUUGCUUAAAGAAACAUUUUUUUGUAACUUUCUGGAAAAGUAUCUUUGUAAAUGGAACCAAAACAAAGUUACAUGAAAGCAAUCAACAAAAACAUGUUCAAUAGUUUCUCCCUUACAACCACAGAAAGUACAGAUGUCAGAAACAUUUGGAAAAAAAUACAGAUGUUUGCUUUUGAUGGGUAAUAUCUAUGAACAAUUUUGAAUAAAACUUCUUUUAUCUUAUUCACAAUGACAUAUUGGUGAGGUAGCAGAAAGAUCCUGUUCCAGAGUUUUGUGUUCAUCAAAGUCCAUCGAUGUUUACAUAUCGGGGUUGAGACAGGAUCAAUUACUUUUCUAAUAACAGAAUUAUUACAUUUCUUAUCUGUGAUUGGAAUCCCAGAAACAAAGUACUCCAACUACCCCUGGGGUGUGUCCGAAUCCACAGGAAGGAUGCUUAUGAGUACGGGUCCUCGGCGGUCGGUCCUUGAAGACGAGCAAGGUCUAGCUGCGGACAUUGCCCCGGCCAAACACGCCCCGGCCAAACACGCCCCUAUGUACAAAACACGCGUGCAUGUACAGUCUAUGGUACGAAGACGAGAACUCGCAUGCGUGUUGCAACAGAUGGAAAUGACGGUUCAGAAAGAUGCUGACCAGAGAGAUGCCAUCAUCAUCCCACUGUGGAUUCGAGGGCGUUUUCUGCUGAGCGUAAUGAGGCCACUCCAGAAAGAAAUUUCAUUUCUGGAUUCCCAUUAUUUCAGAAGAGCAGAUGGUUUCUCCAGUCAGGCCUACAGGAAUCUGUUGAGGUUACUCAGAGAUGUUGCACAGCAGACAGCUGUGGGAACCUGGGUGGAGAAAACUGCUCUGGAUUUGGAGGGUGUUCCUAAGCAGACACAUGGCAAUGAUUGUGGUGUCUUCAUGAUAAUGUAUGCCUGGUACUUUGCUAUGGAAGCAUCCUUUGACUUCAGUGUGGAUGACAUGUGUCUACUGCGAAGACGGUGGUGCAUUGUCCUAUUAGAAAACCUUGGCCUGGAAGGGUAUGGAAGGAAGUUUGCCCAUUUUACAGAAGAGGGACAGGCAACCCUUCGUACCAAUGUACCACCGGUAUUCAGGAUAAAAAGAAAAAGACAACAUGAAAGCAGCACCAUGGUCAGGUUGGAAUGA